UUCUUAUGACGACAGUUGGAUCUAUCCUGAAGAAUUCUGAAAUUUUAAGUGAUCAAACAAAAAAGUGAGAGCAAUAACACACCCCUUCAACAGAGAAAAGGCCAAAAAGAAAUUUAAAAAGAAAAGAAAAGGGACUUUGGGAAAAUGUAGAGAAGAUUACCUCAGGGUAUUAACUGCCAAUUCAGUUUCAACGUAUAUUGGAGGGGAACUCACUCUGUGUAUAAUUGCAGAAAUAUUUGAGUCUCCGUCCAAUGAUAACUCUAAAGCUCCUCCCUCCAUUACCUUCACAAAACCCUUGCUUCAACUCUGUCCACUCUAUAAACUUCAACCCUUUAUCUAAAACCCUUCAAUUCAACAGAUUCUUGUUAAAAACCCCAAAGUGUCAAUCUUUCAAGCAAUCAGGCUGUCGAAAAUCUCAAUUUCAGAGCUUUAAAUGCAGUGGGGUUAAAAAUUCCAACGAAGAGACUAAUAAGGUUGGCGGCGGAGGUGGUGAUGGUGAUGGUGGUGGUGGAGAUGAUGAAAAGGCGGAGAAGCAAAAUGGGUUUCUCUCAGAAUGGCUGGAUUUUAGUUCAGAUGAUGCAAAAACGGUUUUUGCAGCAUUGGCUAUAUCGCUUGCCUUUAGGUCCUUUGUGGCUGAGCCUAGAUAUAUUCCUUCUUUGUCUAUGUAUCCCACUUUCGAUGUUGGAGAUCGACUUGUUGCUGAAAAGGUCUCUUACUAUUUCAGAAAGCCAUGUCCCAACGACAUAGUUAUUUUCAAGAGUCCUCCAGUGCUUCAGGAAGUAGGAUACACUGAUGAAGAUGUCUUUAUUAAGCGGAUUAUUGCUAAGGAAGGUGAUCUUGUGGAGGUUCAUAAUGGAAAGCUAAUUGUAAAUGGUGUUGUGAGGAAUGAAGAUUUUGUUCUUGAGGCGCCAAAAUAUGAAAUGACCCCAGUGAGGGUACCUGAGAAUUCAGUAUUUGUGAUGGGUGAUAAUAGGAAUAACAGCUAUGAUUCACAUGUGUGGGGUCCCCUCCCGGCAAAGAACAUAAUUGGCAGAUCCAUAUUCCGAUAUUGGCCUCCAACGAGAGUGGGUGGAACAGUUUCCCGAGAAGGUUGUGCUAUCGACGAGCAGGGAACUAGUUUAGCACCUCAGUGACUAAUUUAGCUUUACAACUGAAGCCAUAGUUUCUUCUUUUUUCCCCUUGCCUUUGCUUAAACUCACUCUAUAAUUUGGAGUCAACCAUAUGUUUAAUUAUAAAAUUAAUCAUUUGUAAGGCAAUUUUUGUGGAUAGCAUAAUUGGCACAGUCCGAGGUCUUACUGUAUUAACAUUAGCAGCCUUUAGCUCAAUGCUCUCACUGUAUACUUUCUCUCUUUUAUUUCAAAUAAACCCGAUUGUCAUGGUCCUCUGUUCCACUUCAA